GGGUCCCUAUAAAAACCUACUUAGGCAAGAAAAAGAGAGAAUUAUUUUAAUUUUGUUACAAAGAAGAAAAACAAAAAGAGCAGAUCCAAUUGAUCUCAAGAUCGCAUCUAAAUCAUAAUAUAUAUCAUGAUCAAAGAGGAGACCAUUUCAUGCUUCAAUCCUUUCGAUGGUGUUAUGGCAGAAUCUGACAAGGAAGAGGAGCUUGAUGUAACAAAAGCGAAGGUGGAGAAAGUUAGGGAAGAAAAUGAGAAAUUAAAGCUCUUACUGUCUACGAUUCUUAAUAAUUACAACUCUCUUCAAAUGCAUGUCUCUAACGUUCUCCGAGAACAACAAAGAGCUUCUAUGGAGCUAGAUCAAGACAAAUAUAACGAUUUUGAUGUAGAUAUAUCACUUAGGCUUGGAAGAUCAGAGCAAAAGAUCUCUAAAAAGGAGGAAAAGGUGGACAAGAUUUCUAAUGAGAACAAAGAGGAGUCAAAAGAUAAAAGAUCUGCACUGGGUUUAGGAUUUCAGAUUCAAAGUUAUGAGGCCUUGAAAUUAGAUGAUCUUUGUAGACAGGUUAAGAAUGCAAACGCAGAGAAUAAGUGUUUAUCUUCGAGGAAAGAUGUCAAAACAGUUAGAAAUGAAAAUCACCAUCAAGAUGUUUUGGAAGAGCAUGGGCAAGCAGGUUUGAAGAAAACUAGGGUUUGUGUUAAAGCAUCAUGUGAAGACCCAUCAAUAAACGACGGUUGCCAGUGGAGGAAAUAUGGUCAAAAGACUGCGAAAACCAAUCCUCUCCCACGAGCCUAUUACCGUUGCUCCAUGUCGUCAAAUUGUCCCGUUAGAAAACAGGUGCAAAGAUGCGGAGAAGAAGAAACCUCCGCUUUUAUGACAACAUACGAAGGAAACCAUGACCAUCCUCUUCCCAUGGAAGCAACCCACAUGGCAGCUGGAACUUCCGCGGCUGCCUCCUUAUUACAAUCUGGCUCCUCCUCCUCCUCCUCAUCCACCUCCGCGAGUCUAAGCUAUUUCUUCCCUUUUCACCACUUCUCUAUCUCCACAACUAACUCCCACCCGACCGUAACAUUGGACCUCACACGACCAAACUAUCCCAAUCAGUUACCAGACGACUAUCCUCUAUCGUCCUCUUCUUUCAGUCUCAACUUCUCCUCUCCUGAUCCUCCACCUCAAUCAUCGCACGAUAACACCUUGAACUUUAGUGGCUUGCGAACACAAGCUCCUUUGAGUACAGAUUCCUUAUUGGCCCGUUAUCGAACGAGACUUUCCGGACAGCAGUAAGCCAGUAACUGUGUAUCGGUAUAGCUAGACACAAGUCUGGAAAGUAACUCAUGAUUUUCUGUUUUCUUUGUCAUUCAUUCGUUUUUCAGCCUCUGCAUUUAUACUUGUAGAUAACCAAAUGUUUAAAUUAGUGGAUUACCUAUCAUAUCAUGGAUUAUAUGCAUAUGAAGGUUUUGUAAAUUAAUUCUGUUCUACACAACAAUUUAAUACACAAAAUAUAUUUAAUGUUUUAAAUAUAUUUUUCUGGUGAA